CCCAUAACCCAUCCCAUGUCCCCACUGCACGGUGCUGGCUGUGCAUGGAGCGCUGCUGCUGUGUGGGGAGGGGACAGGAAGCUGCUGCCAGGCGGUGUCUGCAACGGGAAACCCAACGGGAAGCCCUGCACAGGGGUGAGGGACCACGCGCUGCAAUCCGCCACUAUAAGACCCCGCAGGGGGCUGCAGUUAAGUGAGGACGCUUCUCUCCCCGCAGCCCCCAUGGCUGCAGCUGAGCUGACCCCAGUGGAGAUGGCCAUCGAGACCAUCGUCACCGUGUUCAUCUCCCACACGAGGAAGGAGGGUCGAAUCGGGACAAUGACAGCCACCGCGUUCCAGGAGCUGCUAUGGCUGCAGCUGCCCAAUGUGAUGAAGGAUGUCCCCUCCCUGGCGGAGCAGAUGUGGAUGCUGGAUGUGAGCACCAACCAGGAGCUGACGUUUGAAGAGUUCUGGCGACUGAUGGGCGAGUUGGUCCGGGCCCUGUGGAGGGAGAGGGAGGAGAGGAAGAAGUGAUGGGGUGGGGGGACACUCAUGAAGCAAAAUAAAGAAGUUUUCAUGGGCCUGGA